UUCAUGACCAAUCCAUAUUAAGGAAAAAAACAGCAAAGAAAAACCCAACAAAAGCUUUAUAUCUCCCUUCCCGGAGAAACUUCCGUUCAGGCCUAGACUAUCCAAAUGGAGAAUCAAAUGGAAAAAGAAGGGGAGGAGCACAUAUUUAGGAGCCAAUUUCCUGCAGUCCCGGUGCCGGAGAACCUCACCGUGACGGAAUUUGUCCUCCAAGAUUGGCACCUUUAUGCAGAUAAUGUCGCUAUUGUUGAGGCUCAGACAGGGAAACAACACACAUACUCGCAGCUUGUUCACCACAUCAACUCGUUUCGACGCGCUCUCAAGUCGGCGUUUAGCAUCAAGAAGGGGGAUGUGGUCCUAGUGGCGCUCCCUAACAUAGUGGAAUACCCCGCCAUCGCCCUGGCCAUCAUGUCCACCGGCGGAGUCUUCUCCGGGGUAAACCCCGCAGCCCAUCCAUCAGAAAUCCUCAAGCAGGCAACUGAUUCUGAAGCGCGCCUUGUCGUCGCGAACAAUGCGUACUACGAGAAAGUUGCCCAUCUGGAGAUCCCGAAAGUAAUAAUUGGCGAAUCUGCCAAGGACACAGCUGGUGCAUUUUCCUAUGAAGACAUUCUUAACCGUGGUGGUGAUGAAAUCCACGAUGCUAGUAAGACGCAAGGAAGCCUUAUCGGUAAAAUGUUAGACGUUGAUGACGGAGAAAUGGUAACGCCGGACGAUCUAUGUGCGUUGCCCUACUCCUCUGGAACCACCGGCACUUCAAAGGGCGUGAUGCUGACCCACCGGAAUAUCGUGGCCAAUCUGUGUUCGACGCUUUUCGACGUGCCGGCGGAGUUGAUAGGGAAGUAUACGACGCUAGGCCUGAUGCCCUUCUUCCAUAUCUACGGGAUAAUGGGGAUAUGCUGUGCGACGAUUCGAAACAAAGGGAAGGUGGUGGCCAUGUCUAGAUUUGAUCUCAGGGCCUUCUUGAACGCAUUGAUAGAGUACGAAGUGAACUUCGCGCCGAUAGUGCCGCCGGUCAUUCUCAUGUUGGUGAAGAAUCCGGUGGUCGAAGGGUUUGACCUGAAGCGGCUGAAGCUCAAGGCCAUUAUGACCGCCGCGGCACCACUCGCUCCGGAGCUGCUCAGAUCGUUCGAGGAGAAGUUUCCUGGAGUCGAGGUGCAAGAGGCAUACGGGCUGACAGAGCAUAGCUGCAUCACUCUAACCCACUGCGGUCCAUCACAUGCAAGGGGAAAUGCGAAGAGAAACUCCGUAGGGUUCAUACUGCCCAACUUGGAAGUCAAAUUUGUAGAUUCUGAUACAGGAAGGUCUCUCCCCAAAAGUACAGUGGGAGAGAUAUGUGUUAGAAGCAAAUGUGUCAUGAAAGGUUACUUUAAGAACAAGGAAGCAACGGAGCAGACUAUUGACUCGCAGGGAUGGCUCCAUACUGGUGAUAUCGGAUAUAUAGAUGACGAUGGAGACAUUUUCAUUGUUGAUCGGGUCAAGGAAAUGAUCAAAUACAAAGGUUUCCAGGUAGCGCCAGCGGAAUUAGAAGCAAUCCUUCUUUCUCAUCCUUCAGUGGAAGACGUUGCAGUUAUCCCGCUUCCUGAUGAAGAGGCAGGAGAAGUACCAGCAGCAUGUGUUGUGAUGGCACCAAAAUCCAAGGAGAAUGAGGAAGACAUAAUGAAGUUUGUCGCUUCCAACGUUGCAUCUUAUAAAAGAGUGAGAGUGGUACACUUUGUAGAAACGAUUCCAAAGUCGGCGUCAGGAAAGAUUAUGAGGAAGUUCCUUAAGGAGAGCAUAUUGAAAAGGUUGAAUAAGCGACCAGUACCAGGUACCUGAGAGCAAUGUCCAUAUCCGUCGGGGCGAUGGUCCGAGUGCAGUUUACACCGUGCUAGAUAAAAAUUAGUAAUGAAUAAGAUCCUUUUCCAGGACA